CACUUCAAUAAUAUAUCAGCCAUCUGUUUGUGAACAUCCACAUUUUUAAAUGGGAUUUUGUAGCUUAUUAUUAAUAUAUUAACAUCUGAGGUGAACUUGCUGCUGAGGACUUCAUUUAUAAGAUAAACUACUCUGGUGUAAUUUUUACUGGAAAGAUGGUUGAUGCAGUUCCACAUUGGAUUGACAAAUCGUUCUUAACGCUUUGCCUUACUGGUGGUUUAAAUGAGGAGAAGAGUGAUAUACAAGUUUCUUCUUUUGAAGUUUCGUCUCUUCUUCCCCCAGGAAACAACUACAGCAGCUAUCUGCUGAGGGUUAAAGUUAUCUUCAACAGGGCGGGAAUUACAAGUAACCAGUCACUCAUCAUCAAAUAUCUCACAGGGAAUGACGAAAUCACUAAACUAUUUGAUAAACUUUUUGAUACAGAGCCUUCAUUUUACAACCAAUAUCUUCCAGAAGCGUUGAAAGUCAACGAUAGUUUACCUGUACCCAGGUCAUUCUACUCUCCAAUAUCUAAUAUUAUAAUCCUUGAAGAUUUAAGUGCUGAAGGUUACAAAAUGGGCGACAGAUGCAAAAUGUUGGACUUUGACCAUUGCAAACAUUUCUUCAUCGCCUCUGCUAUUUUCCACGCCACGUCGGUUGCCGUGUACAAGAAGCACCCUGACAUUGUCACAUCGAUAGCAGUCGAUCCUGUGUUCUCCAAAGAUUUAGCGGAGAGUUGCGUGAAAAUACACAAAGGACUCAUGAUUCAAGGACUGUUGUGUAUGGCCGAUAGAUUAGAACGUAUCAACAAGUACCAAGCGUAUGCUGAGGUAGUGCGCAACUGUACAAGUGAUAUUUGGGAUAGGGUUGUAAACCUCCAUCAACAAAACUAUAAAUUAAAUGUGCUCCAGCAGGCAGAUCCUUGGACACCAAAUAUGAUGUUUAAGUAUGAUGAAGCUGGCAAAGUGACAGCAAUUAAACUUCUGGAUUUCCAAGCGACAAGAUACAGUUCUCCUUUGUGCUCUUUGGUUUUCUUCAUCUGGACCAGUGCAAGCCACGAGGUCCGUGAGCAAAGACUUGAGGAACUGUACCAUAUAUACUGUGACGUGCUCAAUGCGAAACUCGAGGAACUCGACUGCUCUGAGCGCUUGUCUUAUGAAGAAUUCCAAGAUGGCAUCAAGACCCUAAGUCCUGCAAUACUCGCGAUAGCUGCAUAUUUCUUUCCGUCUAUCACAAGCCCUCGGGUUACCGAGAUUGGAAAGACGAUCAACACAAUAUGUGAAGGGACAAGUAACCCUUAUGAUGAUUACUAUGAUGCAGAGUUUUGUGAAAAAAAUUUUGUAAGACUUGUAGAUCAGUUGGCUGGUCAAGGAGUAUUCGAUGCCUUGCAAAUAAAAGGCUGAAAAUCAUACUUUUCAUUGUUCAUACUUUUUAUACUCGAUUUGAUUUAUUAACAAAAGGAAAUGUUUUAUAUUUAAAAUGUUCAAACAGCUAUCAUAAUACUUUAAAGCAAUUAUUUGAAUGAGAACGCAACGUAAAUGUAACCAAAGACUAUGUUAAAUAUAAAGUGUAGGUUUAAAAAUGUAUCAUUUUGUUCCAAUUAUUUAGUUAUUUCAAAGAUCAGUUAGCAAAAUAACGUGAACUUUAUCCUCUUUCCAUCACUAACCUUUCUUGAUCGUACGUAUUCAAAAUUUAUUUUUAUUGUCAAACUUUAUAAAAUAUAAUAACUUUUGUAAACAUUGGAUUUUAAAAUACUGGUAUUAAAGAAAUUACUAUAUGUAUCGAUUCAUAGUUUAUAUUAAGGAAAUUGAUGUAAGUUUUCAUGUACAAUAAAAGUUAUAAUUAUAUUUGAA